AUGGAGCAGGUCCAGACCAAAUCAGCGCCGACGACGCUUUUGGCUCUGCCACUGGAAAUCCAGUCCCAAAUCUGUUCAUAUCUCACCGCAUCUUACGGCAAGCCAAACAUUCAAGCCGUCUUACGAACAUGUAAACAACUCUACGAGGUAGCACUCCCGCUCUCCGUCAGCGUUUUCCGAAACACAGCACCCUACCCCAAAGACCAAGGAGUUUGCUCCCGGGCUCGAAAUCUACAAUUCCUCCACUACAUUCUUGUUUCUAAACCUUGGCUUGCCAAACACGUUAACACUCUGAUCACCGGCCGCUUCACGAGCGAUGGCUCGGUCGACGAUGACGGUGACAAUGAGGACCAAAGAACAAUUUCAGAUAAUGAUCUUGCCAUCUACCGGCACCUUAUUGAGUUCUCCGUCGGCGAAUUCUCUGCUCUUGGCCCACCUCUUGAGCAAGGUGUGCCGUGGAGUGCCGGAUGGGUAAGAGACCUGACCAGCAGCUCCGAUGCACAAUUUGCUCUAAUUCUGCUCACCUGUCCAAACAUCCGAACCAUCCUUAUGGAGAUUUGCCUCUAUGGGAUAUAUACUACUCACCUUUUGAUCCUCCUUCGCCAGUGCUGGAAUGGUCUGACCGACGGAACAUUCCCCAACACCAUUCCCCUCUCAAAUCUUCAAGAUUUCUUUCAGGAAGCCGCGAAGUCAUCCUCAAACGCCAAGUUUUUCUCUCCUGAAGCAUCGAUGGUCUUCUGGUCUCCUCGAUUGAAAGUCUACGAGUGUAUCGGGAUGGAAGCAUCGGAGGAAGCAAUAAAACACUUUUCAUUUGCUCCUCGUAGAUCUUCUUCAGUUGAGGAGAUCACUCUGUAUCAAAGUAUUUUUGAAGCAGGUGCUCUUUUCAGUAUGCUUGGCGCUUGCAAGGCACUCAAGAGAUUCGAGGUCACAUGUUACAGGAACACCGCGACCGAUCUUCUAGACGCGGCAGCAGCUAGAGAUGUUCUUGAUGCUGUAUUGCCUCAUGCCAAUACGCUUGAACACCUCUCUGUCAAUUUACGAGAGGUUUGGCGCAACGAUUCGGUAUUGAAAGCUACACCCGAGAGACUCUAUAUGGGGACCAGGCUUCGAGAAAUGUAUGCGUUGAAGACACUUACAGCGGGAAUGCAGGCCCUCACAGGAAUGCUUGCUUAUAGUUCUACAUGUGACGACAUGCCACUCAGAUUCGAAGAAGCACCUCGACUUAUUGAUUGCCUCCCCGAAAAUCUCGAGUCUCUCACGAUUCAUGCAUGUGGGCCACAGAUAUCAGAUCAGUUGGAAGAGUUAGUCGAGAUAAUAGCGCAGGGCGACCGCUUCAAGAAGCUCAACUAUGUUGUCUUGCUGUACCAUGCUUGGAAAGUCGACACCAAAGGAAUUUCUGCCCAUUUCAAUGAGAUGUGGGAAUCUGUUCGGGACAAACUCGCCGAGAAAAACAGGUUUCUUCUCGUGCAUGCCGGUCUUCAAUGCGAGCAAGCGUUCCUGCACGACGUGAACUCAGUUUGGGCUGAUAACUCUGAUCGGCCGGGCGACAUGAUGUCCCGAAUUUAUGCCCCAAAUUUCCGCAGGGUCUUCCUGCAACGGCGAAUGAACCCUGAGUAA